UGAAUAUAUUUCUGGCAAAAGUGGAGCAAAUGAAUGGCAAAAUAGAUUCGGCUAUUGAAUGGUACCUUAGAUUACUGGAUGACCCACACGUAACACCAAGGCGAUUUUUAUACUUUGAGCUGACCAUGUGUUAUGCAUUACAAUCCAAUUGGGACUCAUGCAUUGAAUUCGCGGAAAAGUUUCGCACCGGUAGCUUAUAUACACCGGCAAUUGCUACAUACUUGGAAGCGAUAUUCAGAUACGCAAAGAUUACAUCAACUAAUGACCAGGGUGAUAGACAAAAGACAACUGAACUAUUCGAACUUGUGCCGACACUCCGUAUCCGACAUUUGGGCAAAACUAUAACACCUGAAAAGGUGGCGGUAGUCAGGGCUCAGGAGUACAUAAAAAAUGAUGGACUUUUGAUUGUCCCGGAUUUGGUGGCGGUUGUCAGGGCUCAGGAGUACAUCAAUAAUGAUGGACUUUUGAUUGUCCCGGAUUUGGUCAACACCUCUGAUUACGUGGAUAACUAUUUGACGGCUAUUUUCUACAGAGGAGUUAUAUUCAGACAUUUAGCUGAUUAUGAAAAGGCCAGAGAAUGUCAACAAAUUAUUGUUGAUCUGUAA